UAGCCAGGGGACUGGCCAGUGGCCAUCCCUUUUGGUUGGACUUGGAUGUCGAUGUCCGAUCCAACCAAGGGAUCAUCAUUUCUCCAAGGGAACACCGCAUUACCGCACUAGAAGAAGAGUAAAAUGGGGUGGCCCUUUCCUCGAUUGACUUUGACUGGUACUUUUUAAUUUUACUUCAGGCUGGACUGGACGGACGGCAAAAGAAAGAAAGAAAGAAACAGACAUCAAAAGCAGAGAAGAGAAAAUGAGAGAUCAGAAGAGACAGACAAAGCAAAACUGCACAUAUAUGUCUCCACACCACGCUACACGGUUACACUAGACCCAUGUUUUGCUUGUCUUGUCUUGUCUUGUAGGCAAGCAGAGAAAGAGAGAGAGGUAACUUAGAUUGGAACAACCAGUAAUUUUUUUUUUUUUAAAAAAAAGAGAGAAAUGAAACGAGUGCCCUUCAUCUCAUCAUCAGAAUCACUGUUCAUCUCCGGCUCGGCACUGUGGCUGCUUCUGAUAGCAAUGCUGCUGACCCGAGAAGCAAGCUCGGCUUCCACAUCGACGCUUGGCAGCUUCAACAGCAAGCUCUCAGGAUUCCAAGCCGAGCUCCGGUGGAAGCUAACCGCUGCCAUUCCCCUACAGCUGCAGACGCCGCCCCCUGGGACAUCCCCUCCUUCGGUCCCGGUUCGUGUAGAAUUCAAAGUUGGCGGCGACGGUGGUGGUGAUGGGAGGGUGUUCUACCCGAAAGAGUACGGAGCGGACCCCACGGGGAACCGGGAGAGCAGCAAGGCCCUGCAGAGCGCGAUCGGAGACGCAUUCCGGGUGCAGAGCCAGGUCCAGAUGCUGGCCGGUCUGAAGGACUUGGGUGGAGUGGUGAUAGACCUGCAAGGUGGCAACUACCUCAUCUCCACCCCUCUCACCUUCCCUCCUUCUGGUGGUGCCAACCUCCUGAUGCAAAGCGGCACCUUGCGAGCAUCGGAGACGUUCCCGAGCGAUCGCCACUUGAUCGAGCUGCGGUCGCCCAAUUCUACUACGCCCAGUGGAAUCUCCUACGAGGACAUCACCUUCGAGGACAUCCUCUUCGAUUCGAGCUACCGAGGAGGCGGCAUCUCGGUGCUCAACUCUGCCAGGAUCCGUAUUUCGAGCUGCUUCUUCCUACACUUUGAAACAGAAGGAAUCGUAGUUCAGGGAGGCCACGAGACCCUCGUCUCCGGCAGCUUCCUUGGCCAGCACUCGACCGUCGGUGGGGAUCCUGGGGAGAGAGGCUUCUCGGGAACAGGCAUCGACCUUGCCAGCAAUGAUAACAUUAUAACAGACUCGGUCAUAUUCUCUGCCGCCACGGGCAUCAUACUGCGCGGGCAAGCCAAUAUCGUGACCGGGGUCCACUGCUACAACAAGGCCACCAACUUUGGCGGCGUCGGGAUUUUAGUAAAAUUGCCGGGAAGUUCUCAGACCAGAAUCGACAAUUGCUACUUGGACUACACGGGCAUAGUUAUGGAAGAUCCCGUCCAGGUGCACGUCACGAAUGGAUUUUUCCUAGGAGAUGCAAAUGUGGUCCUGAGGCCGGUGAAGGGUCGAAUCUCGGGGCUGAACAUAGUCAAUAACAUGUUCAGCGGGAACCCGCGCAAGAUGAUUCCAAUUAUCGAGCUGGAUGGGCCAUUUACGAACAUUGAUCAGGUGGUGGUCAACCGGAACAAUGUCGCUGGCAUGGCGUUGAAAUCGACAGCUGGGAAGUUGACAGUGGCAGGGACAAACUCGACAAGAUGGGUGGCUGAUUUCUCAUCCCAGCUAAUAUUUCCGAACAAGAUCAGUCACUUCCAAUACUCAUUUUACACUAAAUUGCCAAGCAAGUUCCCUGUCCAUGCGGUGACCAAUAUUUCGAACAAUGUGGUCGUCAUCGAGAGCGCGAGUCCAGCGAGCGCACUAGUAUCGGUGGAAGUCGAUCGGCACAACAUGAUUGCAGAGUAAGCAAGCCGGGAGGGACCGAUUCACCAGGCUCAACGUAACGAUUUCUUUCUCAAUGGGUGUAAAUAAUAUUAUUUAUGAAGAAAAAUGGGCACUAGUCAUGAAAUUAGAGCAUGAAUCAGUAGUCUCAAGGCAUCAUUAUUGACUGCUUAAA